AUGGUUUACGUUCCAUCCACAGGCCCAAGAACUCUUUAUGAUAAAGUUUUUGACGCACAUGUCGUCCACCAAGAUGAAAACGGGUCCUUUUUGUUGUAUAUCGAUAGACACUUGGUCCAUGAAGUCACUUCCCCACAAGCUUUUGAAGGUUUAGAAAAUGCCGGCAGAAAGGUUAGAAGAAUCGAUUGCACUUUAGCCACUGUAGAUCAUAACAUUCCUACUCAAUCAAGAAAGAAUUUUAAAUCUCUAGACACAUUUAUUAAGCAGGCUGAUUCACGCCUACAAGUCAAGACUCUUGAGAACAAUGUUAAGCAAUUCGGCGUUCCAUAUUUUGGUAUGAGUGAAUCAAGACAAGGUAUUGUCCACACCAUUGGCCCUGAGGAAGGUUUCACCCUACCAGGUACUACUGUUGUCUGCGGUGACUCCCACACAUCUACCCAUGGUGCCUUUGGUUCAUUGGCUUUUGGUAUCGGUACUUCCGAAGUGGAGCAUGUCCUGGCCACCCAAACAAUCAUCCAAGCCAAAUCUAAAAACAUGAGAAUUACUGUAAAUGGUAAACUAUCACCUGGUAUCACUUCCAAGGAUUUGAUUUUGUAUAUCAUUGGUCUCAUAGGUACUGCAGGUGGUACUGGUAGUGUUAUCGAGUUUGCAGGUGAGGCUAUUGAAGCCCUUUCAAUGGAAGCACGUAUGUCUAUGUGUAACAUGUCCAUCGAAGCCGGUGCAAGAGCAGGUAUGAUUAGACCAGAUGAAAACACCUUUUCCUACACUAAAGGUAGACCUCUGGCUCCAAAGGGUGCCGAAUGGGAAAAGGCUGUUGCCUACUGGAAAACUUUGAAAACCGAUGAAGGUGCCAAGUUUGACCACGAAAUAAACAUUGAAGCUGCCGAUGUGAUUCCAACUAUUACCUGGGGUACUUCUCCCCAAGAUGCCUUACCAAUUACUGGUUCAGUCCCAGAUCCAAAGAAUGUUGCUGAUCCAAUUAAGAAGUCUGGUAUGGAGAGAGCUUUAAGUUAUAUGGGUUUAGAAGCAAACACACCAUUAAAAAGUAUCAAGGUGGAUAAAGUUUUCAUUGGUUCCUGUACUAACGGUCGUAUUGAAGAUUUGAGAUGUGCUGCAGCUGUAGUGAAGGGCCACAAACUGGCUGAUAGUAUUAAGUUAGCCAUGGUCGUUCCAGGUUCUGGUUUAGUCAAAAAACAAGCCGAAGAAGAAGGUCUACACAAAGUUUUCCAAGAAGCCGGUUUUGAAUGGAGAGAAGCUGGUUGCUCAAUGUGUUUGGGUAUGAACCCAGAUAUUUUGGAGGCCUAUGAACGUUGUGCUUCUACAUCCAACAGAAACUUCGAAGGCCGUCAAGGUGCCUUAUCUCGUACACAUUUGAUGUCUCCAGCCAUGGCUGCUGCUGCCGGUAUUGCCGGUCAUUUCAUGGAUAUCAGAGAAUUCGAAUAUAAGAACCAAGAUAAAGGUAGUCCAAAAGUGGAAGUCACUUCAGAUGAUGAAAAGGAGCUUGAAAGCGCUGCUUAUGAUCACACUGAACCUGUUCAACCUAAGGAAGCUACACAGGAUGUUGCCAAUGAUGAAUUGAAGGAUAUUCCAGUCAAGUCGGAUGAUACCCCUGUUAAAGCUGCCGCCUCCGGUAUGAAGCCAUUUUUGACUUUAGAAGGUGUCAGUGCACCAUUGGACAAAGCUAAUGUUGACACUGAUGCUAUUAUUCCAAAACAAUUUUUAAAAACUAUUAAGAGAACAGGUUUAAAGACGGGUUUGUUCUAUGAAUGGCGUUUCCGUAAAGACGAUCAAGGUAAGGAUCAAGAAACCGAUUUCGUAUUGAACGUUGAACCUUGGAGGGAAGCCGAAGUAUUGGUUGUUACCGGUGACAAUUUCGGGUGUGGUUCUUCAAGAGAGCACGCACCAUGGGCUUUGAAGGAUUUUGGUAUAAAGUCAAUUAUCGCUCCUUCCUAUGGUGAUAUUUUCUACAAUAACUCUUUCAAGAAUGGUUUAUUGCCAAUCAGAUUGGAUCAGCAAAUCAUUCUUGAUAAGUUGAUUCCUAUUGCCAACAAAGGUGGUAAACUAUGCAUUGAUUUGCCAAACCAAAAGAUUUUGGAUUCCAACGGUGCCGUUCUUGUUGACCAUUUUGAAAUAGAACCUUUCAGAAAGCACUGUUUAGUUAACGGCCUUGACGAUAUCGGUAUUACAUUGCAAAAAGAAGAUUUCAUUUCUAAAUAUGAGGCUUUAAGAAGAGAAAAGUACUCGUUCUUGGAGGGUGGUUCUAAGUUACUAAAAUUCGACAACGCUCCAAGAAGAAAGGCUGUUACUACCACUUUCGACACUGUUCACCAGGACUGGUAA